UGGAGACUAACCUAUCCAUAGACAUUGAUCCAAAAUUGAAAAUUUAAAACGCACCAAUGGCAAUGGCGAGUGCGCAUUGCGGUGUCUUCUCCCUGUUUGCACCUUCGAGUAGCAGACGAACACCUUCUGUGAUACUAGUUUCAUCAAAACUCAGGCACAGGAAAAACUAUUUGCGACCCAAAAUUCUUAAAACCCUAACUAAACCCAUCGUUCCUUUUGUACCACCACAGCCAAUCCUCUUCCCCCAAGAAGAAUGCGACCUCUGUGUCCAGAUUCCCGCUGACGAGACGCACGGCGAAGAUAUUGCUGUAGCCGCUGCUGAUGCAGAACCUGAUAAAUUGGAAGAAUUACAAGUCUCUGAGGUCGCUGCCGAACACAAUGAUGUUUUUGGCGACGUUUCUGCCACGACUAUCGUCAAAUACGGUGGUAUGUAUUUGGUUGGGGCUUUUGUGUUUCAGUCGAUUUAUUCCGUUUGGAUUCUGGGAAAUUAUAAUUCCGACCAGAAAGAUGGGGAUUUGGAGAUAAAUGGAAGGGAAAAGAGGAACACUUUGUUCAAUGGGAAUGGGAAAACUAAGCCAGUUACUGGUGCUAGCAAUGUUUUUGAUGUGGAGGACCAACUUGUAAUGCAAAAGAAAAUCGAGGAAAUUAAGUUAAUGGCAAGGGAAGCUCGGAGAAUUGAGUUAGAAAAGAAAGAGGAAGAGGAUGAGGAUCCUGAAAUUGAUGAUGAAAGCACUGUUUCUAGUCAUAGACUUGAUAUUGAGAGAGAGAUUGGUGCACGCUUAUUGAAGCUGCAGAAUAGUGUAAAUAGUAAUAUGGAUAGUUCAGCAGCGUUAAAGAUCAAUACUCUUGGAAAUUCUGCAGCUGGAGUUGCUAGGGAUGACAAUAAGAAUGUGAAUCAGGGAAAUGAGGCAUUAAUAUUUAAGAAAAAAUUUAAAUUUAGAAGCCCUUCAGCUAAGGUAGAAAAAACUCCCAAGGGCUUUCCGGGGACACGAAAUGGUAGAUCAUCUGAUGCAAGAAAGAGGGACUCGGCAGGUAGGGGUAAAAGUACAGCUCAAAAUUAUGCAAGUGAUGCUACUGAUCAUGCGCAAAAUUUAUAUGAAGACAAGCGACUGACUCAACAAAAUGUUGUUACUCCGGAAAGUAGUUCUAGUGUUCCAUCGGAGGAGAGAGGAAAAUUUGUUGAUGACGAAUCCGUGGCAAUUAUAAAUCAUGGGAAGAAUUUGGAAGGAAAGAUGGAGACACCAAACACGAAAACAGAAGUUGGAGUUAAAACUAAAAGCAGUAAAAAUGGUGGUGUCCAGGAGACUGGUUUUGGGAUAUCUUCACUUGAAGUAAUACAGUCAAAAGAAUUGAGGACACAAAAUUCUCAGGGUUUUGUGGAAGAAAACCAGGACACUGGCCCAAUUUUUGAAAAGGAUGGUGUGCACAGUCUAAAUGGCAGUUCUAGACAUGGAUUAGCUAAAAAAAGUUCUGCGGCUAAGAGAGUCAAAGUUAAGCAAGCAAACGCUAAUACUGAUGUGUGGUGGCUGAACCUCCGUUAUGUUCUAGUCAUUUUCAUGCAAAGAGGUUCCAACGGAGAAGGACCAAAAGGUCUCUAUAGCUUAAAGUUCACUUCUAAGGAACAGGACCAAAGUGAUGAUUCCUAUACUGUUGCUUUUGAGGAUCAUGCUGAUGCCUACAACUUCUGUUUUCUACUGGAAUCUUUUUUUAAAGAUUUGGGUGAUUUUAGUGCUGAUGCAGUUCCUAUGUCAAUACAGGAACUGAAUGAAGAAAUAAUAUCACAUGCCGAGAAAGUAGUAGUUGUGAAAAAGAGGCAGCUUCAACUCUAUGCCGGGCAACCACUUACUGAUGUUGAGAUGGCCUUGUGCUCUAUAAUAGAACAAGAUCGAAAUGAGAUAUAAUUUAUCACAUCGAGAUGACUGUUAUUUUAACAAGUGCCACAAAGAAUGUCCAUAGUGAAGAAACAGUAAUUCUCACCGUAGUCAAUGGUCAUGCUCUCUCUGGACAAUUGUUGAAAUUCAGUGUGUCUUUUCCAUCAAAGUCAAAAGUUGGAGUUGAUGAUGGAGCCGACAGCUGAGCAGAGGUGAAGGAUGCUUGUUACUGACUGAACCUUGGUGGUAUGUGAUAUAAGGUGCCCAUGCUGGUGCCACUAGGUAGGUGAUCUUAUAGAAGUCCUUGGGGAUAGUGGGAGUAGGCGAGGUGGUGGGAUAUGUCGGGAAAUUCAUACUGUUGGUGUAAUGUAAAUUUUGAAAUUUUGAAAAUCAGUUCAAAUUGCAAGAAUUUUAGUGUUCAUCUACAGUCCAGUUCAAACUUCAUAAAAAUAAUGUAAAACGAAAUAUCUCUAG